AUGACGGAUGGAGGGAUGAAAGAACGUCGUGGAGGCGAAGGCGGUGUUGGUUGCGUCACUGGCAAGCGCUGCUUGUCCCGGUGUUUGGAGCCAGCGGCCUUUGCGCGAAGAAAGACACGACGGGAGUUUUUUCGACAUAAAUUUGACGCAAGUGUUGUGGGUACUAAAAGAGCGGCCAUUGAUAUCCCCGCUAGACAGUUGAGGGCUGCUAAGAAGCACCAGAGGAAGGAGUGCCAGUCUCCUUCUCCGAUUCGCAAGAAUUUGGUGACUUUGUAUGAGUUCUUGGCUCGCCGUACGGACUCUGCGUUCAACGCCAAGGUUGCGCACCUACUCAUCCGCACCAACUCCGUGUUGGCGCCCAUGAGUGUGGCCAAGAUGGCCGAGCACCUGAAAAGCAAGGAGGACAAGAUCGGCUGCGUGGUGGGCACCAUCACGAACGACCUCCGCGUGGAGAGCAUCCCCAAGAUGACCAUCUGCGCCCUCCGCUUCUCUGAGGCCGCUCGCGCCCGCAUCGAAGCCGCUGGCGGCGAGUGCCUCACCUUCGACCAGCUCGCCAUCCGGUGCCCCACUGGCGAGAACUGCCUCAUCCUCCGCGGACCCACUGGCAACCGCAAGGCCCGGAAGUACUUCGGCAACCCCGCUGGCAACCCUAAAAGCCACACGCGGCCCCGCGCGAACCCCAAGUACUCCCACUAA